GAAGUACGUACCUAGCUAGACAUCAUCCCUAUUAUUUCUCUUUCUACAAAUGGCGCUUAAUUUACUUGUCUUGACCCAAAGUUCCUUUGGUGUAUGUAGACCAAGGCAAAAAUUCCCACACAUUAUAAAAAGAAAUAGUAGAGAAAAAAAUUUCAUAACCUGCAUAUCCAAAACUGAAGCUUCUCAAACCGAUAGCUGCUUAGAAAUCUACCAGCCAACUAGUUGGAGUCACAAUUUCAUCGAGGUCUUAGAUGCAAGUAUUCCGAUCAACCUCAAGAGAAAGGUACUAGAGCUAGAAAAGAAACAACGUACAUGUAUUGUUCAUGAUGAAAAUAGUAGUUUGACUACCUUGCAAGUGCUUGAAAAUAUUGAUAAUAUAGAAAGGUUGGGCCUUGGCUAUCGGUACCAAAACGAUAUCAGGAAGGCACUUGACAAAAUCACGUCGAUAAAUGGAACUAAUGUUGGAAUUGAAGAUAGUCUUCAUGCGGCAUCCCUUGGAUUUCGCAUUCUUAGACAACAUGGUUAUGACGUUUCACAAGAUUUUGUUAGCAGAUUCAAGGACAGUCAUGGUGACUUCAUGGGAUGUCUACAAACUGAUAUCAAAGGAUUGCUAAGUCUAUAUGAAGCAUCAUAUCUUGCAUUUGAAAGCGAAAGUGACCUGCACCAAGCCAAGUUAUUUGCAACUACACAUUUGAUAAAACUAAAGGACAAAGAAAAACAAACCCUUGAUAACAUUAGUCAUGCAUUAGAAUUGCCCUUGUACCGUAGGAUGCUUAGACUACAAGCACGGUGGUAUAUUGAAGCUUAUGGUAAACGAAAAGAUGCAAAUCCACUAAUGCUAGAACUUGCUUCAUUAGAUUUCAACAUGGUUCAAUUAGAACAUAUCAAAGAACUUCAAGAAGUAUCUGGGUGGUGGGAAAAUAUAGGCCUGGCAAACAACUUAAGCUUUGUUAGGGACAGGCUCAUGGAAUGCUUCUUUUGGGCAGUUGGAAUGGUAUUUGAACCUCAAUAUCAUGCUUGUCGUGUUGGAUUAACAAAAAUCGGCACGUUAAUUACUGUCAUUGAUGACAUCUAUGAUGUUUAUGGUUCUCUAGAUGAACUAAAAAUAUUCACAGAAGCUGUUAAGAGGUGGGAUUUGAAUGCAAUUACACAUAUGCCUCUGUAUUUACAAAUUGGCUUCCGAGCUCUUUACAACACCAUUACAGAAAUUGGUUCUAGUACUUCAAUUGUACAAGUGGACAUCACAUCAGUUCUAGUAAAAGUGUGGGGAGAAUUGUUGGAAGCAUUCCUUGUAGAAGCCAAAUGGGCACAUGACAAAUACAUUCCAGCAGUUGAUGAAUAUCUUGAUAAUGGAUGGCGUUCGGUCUCAGGAGUUCUUUUACUUACCCAUGGCUAUUUUCUAAUCAAUUAUGAUAAGCAAACCGAUGUUGUUGAGUCCCUAGAGAAGUAUCAUGAUCUAAUGAAAUGGUCAUCGGUUGUUUUUCGACUUUGCAACGAUUUGGGUACAUCAUCGGAUGAGAUAGAAAGAGGAAAAACUGCAAAUGUGUUAUCAUGUUACAUGCACGAGAAUGGUGUUUGUGAGGAAAUUGCACGUAAAAAGAUAGAAAGUUUAAUAGACGAAGCUUGGAGGAACUUGACGAAAGCCCAAGUGGUUUUAAGUAAAGACUCGGCAGAUCAUCCAUUAGUUAAUAUGGCCAUUAAUCUUGCAAGAGUUUCACAUUGUACGUACCAAUAUGGGGAUGGACAUGGAGCUCCAGAUGCUAAAGCAAAAGAUCGAGUUUCAGCCGUGAUAAUUGAACCUAUUACAACAAGACAAACGGAGCCCCAAUAUACACUUACAUGAUAAAAGGACCAAUAGUACGAGGAAAUAAAAGGAGAUAACUUGCUAUUUUCAAAAGCUUUCUUUGUUGCACAUUUUUUAUGUGGAGCCUACCGUACAUCAACAUGGAUAUCUAUUAAAAUAGAAUAAUGAUAGUUAAUUUGAGUUC